UCCUCUCUCAGGCGCAAACAGAAAUGGAGUGCGUGGUGCAAGCAGCGUUGAAGAGCAGUUUUAGAAAAGACAUGACAAUGAAAUUCAGCCCUCAAACGCUCUUAGAGGAGUUGUCGUUUAACGUGCAGAGUGUCGACGACUUCAUCGUAGACGACUUCUUCGACUUUUCACAUGAACAAGUACUCCAAGAAGAAGAACCCCAACAACAAAACCAUGAUUCUGCCUCUGUUUCACUUCAACAGGAGAACCAACACAAGACCCACCAAAUUUGCAACUCCUCAUUCAACAAUGGGUCUUUCCCAACAAGCGAACUCGGUGUUCCGGCUGAAGAUGCUGCGAACUUGGAAUGGUUGUCUCAUUUUGUUGAAGAUUCCUUCUCUGAAUACUCUAUUUCCUUCCCAACCAGAAACUUAACAGAAAAUCUUGCAGCCAAAGCGCCUGAACCGGGAAACUCUGUUUCGGUUCAACUCUGUUUCAAAAAUCCGGUUCCGGUCAAGGCUAGGAGCAAGAGAACCAGGACCGGGAUUCGAGUCUGGCCUUUCAAUUCCCCUUCUUUCACCGGUUCUUCUUCAUGUUCUUCUUCAACCUCGAGCUCCACCACUCCAUCUUCCUCUUCCUCCUCGUCACUCCCGGAGACCACCGUGACCACAAACCGGGUUUUCUCGGAGACGAAGUCGCCGGAGAAGAAGGCGAAGAGGAGGGCCGCGCUUGACGGCGGCGUGGAGAAGAUUCCGCGGCGGUGCAGCCAUUGCGGUGUCCAGAAGACCCCUCAGUGGCGAACCGGACCGCUCGGGGCGAAAACGCUGUGCAACGCUUGUGGGGUCCGGUUCAAGUCGGGUCGGUUAUUACCCGAAUACAGGCCCGCGUCUAGCCCCACUUUCUCGAGUGAAUUGCACUCCAACCAUCACCGUAAGGUGCUGGAGAUGCGGCAGAAGAAGGAGGAAAUGGUUGAACCGGAUACCGGUUUGGCACUUUCUCCCGUGAUUCCCGGUUUUUGAUUAUUUUUUUGGUUUUGGACCCGGUUCAGUGGGACCCCGAGUUAGUUUGUACAUCUUUUUUUCUUUUAACCUUUGUUGGGUGGAGUAGGUGUUACCCUUAGGCAUUGUAAUGUAACUGAUUAGGAGACUUUGAUAUUU